AUUCAUUGAUUUCAAAAGAGAAUUUAAUUUCGGUCAAAUAAACAACAGAACCUAUAUAUUUCUCCGACAUCACCAGAGAAACAUAUCAGUAAUUUAAUUUGGCGAAUACAUGCAGGAUGAUAUCCAAAAUAGCUUUUAUGUUUAUUUUGUCCAGAAUUGCUUUAUCCAUAUCUGUGACUAAAACGGAUUGCCAUGACGAGAUUCAGAAUAUGCAGACGAAAUUGCUAAUUCAAGGGAAAGAAAUAACUUUUCUAAGAAAUCGAGUAGAUGAAUUGGAAACUCAAAAGACACUGGUAGAGAAGAUAGAACAUGACGUACAGAAACUCCUAGAGAAAGAAAAACUAAACCAAGAACGAGAUGCCUUCGAUAUUGACAACAAAUAUUUCAAAAGUUCUGAUGAAGGUCAAUUUGAACAAGCAAAAGAAAGGCGAAAAAGACUUGCAGCCUCAGGUGUCCAGGUAGGAUUUACAACCAGCGUACCUAAAGAAGUUACAAAUUCAGUAUUGUUUUUUUCACAUCUGGAUACAAAUGUUGGUUCUGCAUACAAUGUGAAUGAUGGUAUGUUUACUGCAAACCAUCCAGGCUUGUACGCUUUCUUUAUCGAUGUUGAGUGCGCCCCACAUAGCAGUGCCAUUCUCACUGACAUUGUAAAAAACGGUAAUGCAGUAUCCACAGCAUAUUGCCAAGGAUCAAGCGGCUAUGAUAAUACUGGAACUAUGGCGGUUAUUUCUUUGGAAAUUGGCGAUAAGGUCUUUCUGCGUAUGAAUAAGGAUAUUAACAGACUACAACUAGGUGCAAAAACAACAUUUUCUGGAUUUUUAACCGGUUUUGCACCCGAUUCCUCUGGAUCAAUCGGAAUUCUGCCGCAUAUCCCCUAAACCUGCAGAAUCCUCCCCUAAAAGAGCAAAAUCUAGCCAGAUACAAUAUGUAUUCAAGUUAUAUGGAAACAGAUUAUUUUUGUUUC